AUGAUUUCGAGUCGAACUCUUCUCCGGGCUCCUAGGGUCGCCACCCCAAGGGUCUUUACCCAAGCGGUCCGAAACUAUGCGGCUCCUGCUGCUGUGGAUAGCAAGCCCCCAGUGGCUUUGUAUGGUGUUGAUGGUACUUAUGCUAGUGCUUUGUACACCGCAGCCGCAAAAACCUCAACCCUCGACAGCGUAGCCCGCUCCCUCCAAUCCCUCCACGCCAUCUUCCAAAAAGAUGCCAAGCUCGCAACUAUCAUGCAAGCACCAACUCUCUCCGUAGAGGAUAAAUCACAAAUUAUCCAGGAGCUCCAGAAACAUACUGGUGGUCAGGAUAAAGGUGAUACCGUUAAGAACUUCUUGGAGACACUUGCGGAAAACAAUAGAUUGUCGCUUUUGAAGGGUGUUUGUGAGAAGUUUGGGGAGUUGAUGGGUGCUGCUAGAGGAGAAAUUGAGUUGGUUGUUACUAGUGCUUCGCAAUUAGAUUCCAAAACUCUCAACCGUCUCGAAUCCGCCGUCUCUAAAUCCCAAUACGUCGGUCAAGGCAAAAAGCUCAAGGUUACCAACAAGGUCAACCCAGACGUCCUCGGCGGACUCAUCGUCGAAAUCGGUGACCGAACCAUCGAUCUUAGCGUCUCCAGCCGUAUCGCCAAGAUGAACAAGUUACUCACUGAUACUUUGUAA